AUCGUUACUUUUCGCCAGCUUGAGCGCUCCCACAGUGUCAAAUUGUACUUUCAACGAGCAAGUCUAGCUUUCACACUCGCAUCGCGGUGUUUGUUUACAUCCGCACGUUUUAUUAGCCGGCGCUUAUCUGCGCUUGUUGUUGUUAUUAUUAUAGAAUAUAAAUAUAUUUGCUUUCUGUGCUGCUAUACGUUUCGGCUUAUCUGCGGGUAAACAAUGAGUCGCUGGCUGCUGUACGGCGUGUGUUUUAUCUGUUUGACCUUUAACAAACACAUCACUGGGGAGCGUUACGAGCCGAAUUGGGCCAGUCUCGAUACACGUCCAUUGCCCAGCUGGUAUGAUGAGGCGAAAAUCGGCAUUUUCAUACAUUGGGGCGUAUAUUCGGUGCCCAGUUUUGGUUCGGAGUGGUUCUGGCAGGAUUGGUUAAAUUUACACUACCCCAAUUAUCUGAGUUUUAUGAAAAACAACUACAAGCCGAAUUUCUCUUAUCAGGAGUUUGCUCAUGAAUUCACCGCUGAAUUGUUCAAUGCUACAAAGUGGGCGUUGCUCUUUCGCGACAGUGGAGCAAAAUACGUCGUUCUAACCAGCAAGCAUCAUGACGGCUAUACUCUCUGGCCCUCCACGUCGUCUUUCAGUUGGAAUUCAAUGGAUGUUGGACCAAAACGAGAUAUAAUUCGUGAACUUUCGUCGGCCAUACGCAAAGAGACCUCACUGAAAUUCGGUCUCUACUAUUCACUCUUCGAAUGGUUCAAUCGUUUAUAUAUAAAUGAUAAAUUGCAUAUAUUUUUGGAGCAAAACUAUGUCAAUAGAAAGAUGCGUCCCGAACAAAUGGAACUGAUCAAUGAAUAUCUGCCGGAGAUCUUAUGGUCCGAUGGUGAUUGGGAGGCGCCAGCCAAAUAUUGGAAGGCGGAGGAGUUUAUAGCUUGGUUAUAUAAUGACAGUCCCGUGCGCGACACCAUUGUCACCAAUGAUCGUUGGGGUUUCGGCACUGCAUGUCAUCAUGGCGAUUUCUAUAAUUGUCAAGACCGUUAUAAUCCCGGAAUUCUGCAGUCUCACAAAUGGGAAAAUGCAUUCACAUUGGACAAGAGUAGUUGGGGACAGCGUUUCGAUGUCGAACUCAAUGAUUUUAUGACGUCGGAGGAACUCAUAGGCGAAAUUGUGAAAACCAUUAGCUGCAAUGGCAAUGCACUCAUCAAUGUGGGUCCCACGAAAUAUGGCACUAUUCUGCCCAUCUUCGAAGAACGUUUGCGCGAUAUGGGCAAAUGGUUGAGCGUUAAUGGUGAAGCUAUUUACGGCAGUAAGCCUUGGGUUUAUCAGAACGACAGCAUUACGCCCAAUGUCUGGUACACACAAAAGCUAGAUCCAACUAAUUCAUCGUCGACUAUCUAUGCGAUCGUUUUGGAUUAUCCUUACGAUACGAAUGAAAUAGAUUUGCAUCCGAUUGGCAAUGUGGCGAAAGACAGCAAAUCGAAUGUGCUGUUAUUCGGCUAUGAGGAGGAUAUGAGUGUAGUGAGCAAUGUCGAUAUGUCUGUUACGCUUUUGGGCAUGGAACACACGCAAAUCGAUUGGUCUCUCAACGGCAAUAAAUUACACAUUGUAUUCCCGCCAAAGCAUCAUAUUGACAAGAAUGGACUGAAGUUCGCGUGGACUUUUAAAAUUUCAAAACAUGGAUCAAAUUGGAUUUAAUUAAUUUAAGAAGAUGUUAAAAAUACACACAAAUGCUUAAAAUUAUUAUGAUUUAUUAAUGGUCAUUAAUAAAUAUUCAUUAUUAUACUUUUUUAA